CCAACAUAUUCAUAAGUCUUGGAAAGGAACCCUAGUGAGCAAGGCAGUCAGCUUAAAUGGGAUGGAAUGGGGUAAAGAAGUGGAAGGAAUAAUAGGAGUUUGAAGGGGGUUGGAUAGGUGUAAUUGUGCAGCAUUUGUGCAUGUGAGGUGGUAGUAGUGGAUUUGAAUUUGUUAGGAAAGAGUCGGGAUAUAAUCACCUCUCUAUGAACAAAGCAAAAAACCUUCUAAACCUCCAUACCCUCGCAUCUUCAUCCCAAAUCUUGCCAAACUCAUAUCUUCUAACCCAUCUCCAACAUUCGCUCCUUUCUUCACACCGAAAAUCCAAAUAAAAUUUUAUUCAAUAACCCCAUCAGCUUUAAAGAACAUUUCCCAAAAAUUUCGAAGAAGAUAUCACUUAGUAGUAUGAAAAAUUGUAUGAAAAGUGACUAUAACUUCUCAAUCCUCGAGCAGCCAGAAGCAGCAGGAGUGGAUGAUAUUGAUUUUUGAAAUAAAGCAACACGGCCUUCAAGUGAAAUGGAAUUUAUUAACAAACCUCUUGAUAUUGACAUUUCUGAAGUCCCAGUUGUCCUCUUCGAGCUUCAUGAGAACUCUCUUCUCUAUAUGGAUAGUGAAGAGUGGGAGCGGGCUCUAAUCCUCCUCCAAAGAGCUCAGAAUAUUAUCGAAAAACUAAACAUGGAAAAUUUUAAAAGAGAUCGAUUGAUAAUAGUAAUAAUUUAUCAUAAUAGUGCACUUUGUCACCAGAUGCUAGGAUCUUUAGAAGAUGCAGCAGUUUUUCUUGAAACAGCUGUGUUAAAUCUUGAAAUUUUAUCCUUGCUUCCUGAAUUUCAGCAAGUUGAAACAAAAAAUCAUUCAAUUUAUCUUGAAGGGCUCUUGAGAAUGCAACUAUGAGCUUUAUUCUCUCAGUUAAAUAGGCAUAGAGAAGCUUUGUACCACGCCCAAAUAGCUGCAAGGAUUUCACAUUAUAUGGUUCGUGAUCUUAAGCACUUCGUAGAAGCUCUCCAUCUCAAAGAGAUUUCAGUCCUCAACGAAACAAUGGUCGACAAAACGAAAUCCAAGCAGAAACCAAACAUGUUCAGAGAGCCUCCAGGAGGGAGCAUUAGCAUUCUCCAAAGAAAUUAUAUUUAAGAUGAUUCCGAUCCUUCGUGAACUCCACAAAUGCUUAGUAAGAGAAGAAGGGGAGGAUGACAUUGAGGGUGGUGACCUUGACUUCAACUCCUCAGAUGAUGAUUCAGACGAGAUUCUACCUACAAUCCAUCUCAUGGAUGAGAAUAGAAGCAUUAACAUUCAAAAUGAGGAGUCGCUUACCAGGCAAAAAGUUGGCCCUAUUACUUUAUAUGAUCGGAUCAAAGGGGGUAAUAAAAUUGAUUGUAGAAACCUACUCGGCUUUAUGAACCAGAACUUGUAUCAUGAUUACCUUAAUAUUACAAAUAUUAUGAAGCUUAAGAGAUUAGACUUCAGAGAUGUCUAUGGCAUCAGAUGAUCAGAUUUAGCAAUUACAAGAGAAAAUUUAAUAGAAAGAAUAACUAUUUUGAUUACUUCGUAUUUCUGAAUGGGAACUGAACUCAGGUUCUUAAAACAAAAGAAACAAGAACACUUCGAAGACUCCAUGGACUCAGAGUACUGGCAUGGUAAAGCACUAGAAAUUUCAGUCAAAUUCCUUCCAGGCGACUGUCCCCUUGUCAGACACAUCGUGGCUUCUUACAAAUAAAAAUCAUUCUCCAUGCUACGAAGUCAUCCCUGAAGAUUCAGAAGUUGCCUCAGAUGUGUUGAUGAUCAAGCCUUUGAAUGGAGUCGAAAUGCAGAAGAUGACUCCGAUCAUCAAGAAAGCAGACAACUUGUCGGUCAGGCUUUCACCGCUUGACUUGGAGCCGAACGACUACCUAGCAGAGUUCCAGAUCAACUCGCCUAAAAUGGAAGACAUCAAACAAGAAACCAAAGAACUCGCCGAGUCCAAGAUCGGACUAUCAGCCAGAGAAGACAAUUCCAAGAUCGAUGAUAGUGACAUUCUCAAAAGUAGCAUCAAAGGGACCACCCAGAAAAUACUCAUAGAAAGCUCAGAAGCCUCGAUCGAUGCAGGCAAGUCACCUCUGUUCAAACAGUCUCCACCGAGCUUCUCAAAAGAAAAGCUCUUCAACUCGACUGCAAUGAUCAACGAAUAUGUGUCUCCUCACGAAGACAAAUAAGGAUGUGCAGCGCAGCCUCUUCGAGAAAAUUGGUCCCAUCGUCAAGUCGUUUAAAGCAGGCAAACACAAAAAGCCUCGGACCAGAGAUGCAUCCACAAGCAUGGAUGACACAAUGUCGGCUAUUUCAGAAUAUGAGCAGUUCCACUCUCUGACUCCGAGCGGACUCUCAUGCAACACUUCAAAGAAGGAAAACACAAGGACGACUUCCACCCAGACCCACUCUCACAAUGUAGGCAAUGACAAAAUGCUCAAGACAUCAGACGACUUGAAGCUAUUCGAAAACAAAGUGAAUACUCCGUUCCACGAACUCUUCAACUCAUCGGGCAGUAUCAGAAAAUAUGACACGAGUAUCACCCACACAGCGACAUCGAAGGCCAAUGAGCCAUGCAAAGAGAACUCAGGAGCAGCCACUUUCGACAGGAAAAUGAGUGCCAAAGUGCGGCCAGCCAGCGUAGUCAACCACUUGGUCGGCCGAUACACUCCAAUAGGCAAACUCGAAAUGACCUACGACAUUUCUGCGAAAGACAAGAAAAACAUGAAGAAGCUCAAAGCCAUCACUGAAGCCAACUUCAAGUCGAAGUCUACUUCCAUGAAUAGCAACAAUCGAAGAACAAGAGCCAAGAAGUCCGCUGGCCGAGUCGAAAGGUCCAAGCAAAUUUUGUCUCGGAGCUGAGAACGAAAGGCUUACAAGAAGAAAGGCUCUGAAGGCAAGAAGAAGCGCAACAAAGUCAUCCAGAUCAUCCAGAACCAGCUGAUCAACUUGAAGACACCUACUAGUGCAGAACUCGUGUUUAACUGGCCAGCUAAGACCACUCAGACCACCAAGCACGAACACGUGAAGCGGACUCAUGAAGACGGCAGAGCAGGGUUCCACAAAGACAGGCAAUCCAGCCUUGAAACCAGCAAAGCCAAGAUCACCAAGAUCUACGACACUUCGACAAACAGCAGGAACAUCACUCAGAAGUACAACAAGCUGGCUGGCAAGGGCCCUCAGUUCGUCAGCUACGACUUGAACAAAACAGUAAGUUCGGGGAUGCCUACCAAGAAACUCAACUGCAAAAGUUCGAAGACCAAAAGCAGGAAGUAAGUGAAGAAUUGGGAGAGGUUAAUCAUACUCAUAGCUAUCCGAACUACAACUGAUCGAGAGCUGCAAAGACUGCUGAUUCCAGAUUGUAAAACAAAAUUCUCAAAUUUCAAAUUAUA